AUGUGGCGACGUGCCGUGUCCCUGGUGACGCCAGCCUUGCGGUUGCCGACGCAGGGUGCUGGUCUGGCCCCUGUCACAGCCCUGCGCCAAGCCCUCACCCGGCAACCAAUGGGCGUUCGCACUGCCGUCACUCAGCCCAAGCUUGAGCUGACCUCGGAACAGACCGUGGCUGAGGCCGUCACCCGGGACCUCAAGCGCGGCAACCCUUUCUUUGCCGUGGUCCAAGUGGCUGGCAAGCAGUACAAAGUGAGCGCCGACGAUGUCAUCACCACACACCGCCUGGAUGCUGAGCUGGGGGCUCUCAUCCGUCUGGAGAAGGUGCUCUUGAGCGGUGGACCCAGUUUCUCUUUGAUUGGACAGCCACUGCUGCGGUAA